AUGGACCACUUCCAGAACGAGAUCUUUGUCACCACCCUCACCGUUGGCGAUGAGAAGUCUUUUCAGUCCCAUGCCAUGUCUGAGAAUAGGUUGAUUUCAAAGAACCCCGACCUUGUUGAGAAUGACCGCUUCCCCAAGACCUUUGUCACUGAGGUCUACACAAACACAGAGCGAGUUGCGCAGACGGCUCGCAAACGAGGACAUCGAGUGGGAGCCUCAAUGAGCUUGGAAUCAGGAUGGAACUUUCUCCGUCCACUGGAUCGCAAAGCUGCCAGAGCCGUCCUGAAGCGUGAAAGUCCUUUCUUUUUGGUGCUGGCAUUUCCUAGUUCCUUUUGGAGUGUGUUACUCAACCUCAACCCUCCGAAGAAUGGCACCAAGAUGUAUGAGGAAGCGAUCACCCUCUUGCAGUUCGCCCUCCAAUUGGCCAAGGACCAGAAGAGUCGUGGUUGUCACUUUGUUUUGGAGAACCCUCAAUCCUCUAGAGCAUGGACCCUGGAAGAGAUGCAAAGAGCCUUGGAGCAACUUGAGGCCCGUUGUGUAGUCUUCCACCAAUGCCGAUUCCGCUUGAAGAACCAGGAGGCAGUAAGCGCCUACAACUCGGACAUCAACGACGCUGGUGUCUCUCCUAUGCAAGCUGCCUUUGGAAAGCAACCCCGGAUGCACGGAGAUUGCCUUGGUGAUUUUGGUCGCCGCUUGAGUGAGCAUGGACUCAUCGACUCUCGGCCAAGUUUGGCCAGACAAGUUGCCAUGCGAGAGACUGCUCGCUUGGCGAUGGUGCGCCUUCAUUUUUCCAAAGGUACAUCUCCAUUUCCUGAAGCUGUACGAGCUGCCUUUGAACAGAGACGGCAGAGCGUUUCCAGUGCCGCCCCAAGUGCUAGCGGCGAGUCACAAGCUUCCAAGAGGCCUGCUGAACUGGAUGCUGAGCGCUUGCGUGAAGAAGCUCUUCAACCAGACCCUGUUGCUCCAACUCCGGCUCAACCUCAAGAUGAAGUUCCUGAUGAAGCUUCCGAAGCCCUGAGAGUGACUCAUGAAGUGAUGGAAAUGGAAGCCUAUGCCAAUGUACAUCCGCUCCGUCAGAUCCAGAUCAUGGCGGAACAGGAUCGUCUAAAUCCCUUGGAAGCCAGAGUCCGAGACCAUGGGACAUGGCGUGGCAAUUGGCCUCUCCCCUCGAGGACAGAAUUCAAACGACGGCAAAUGCUGAAGCAACUUUGGCCCCUUGGCAAUGAUGAUGCUGCUCAGGAAGUGCUUGCAGUGCUCACUGCUCGUAAGGAGCAUGUAUGGAGUCACAUGUCGGACUUUGAGAAAAAGGAGUUCCGUGAAGCAGCAGCCAAAGGAUGGUCAGUAUGGGUUGAAAAUGAAGCCAUCGAACCUCUUCCAGAUGCCGAAGCUGCCCGCAUUAGGCAGAAGUUGAAGACAGAAGGUGAAGAGUUUGGCCCCAAUGAACGCAUCCUCUACCUCGCCAACGUGAAGACCAGAGCCCUCGUGCGCACCACACCUUGCAAUUGCUGGGUGCCGAACUUGGGUUUGGUUCCACCUCCACCGUAUUGUGGAAAGAAGAUUGAGCAAGCUGAAGAUUUUUCAGUGAAAGUUUCCAUGGAAGAGUACCAUAGCAAUCUUCAGCAGGAUUCCGUGCCCCUGUUGGUUGUCACCGACGCCAAGGAUGCAUUCGACAAAUCCUGCUCAGAAACGCCGAGCUAUGGCAGCCAAAAGAGUUUAGCUUUCACCAUAAGCUGGAUUCGUUCAAUGCUGGCUCGAUGCAACACGAGCAUGCGUUGGACAGCAACAGAGAACAUGAUCGUAGACUGCGGCACUAAGGAGCUUGACCCUCAACACCUUCACAAGAUCCUGAGAGAUUGCAAGUGGUGUGUACAGUUUUCCUCCCAGUACGUCAAACAGACGUCCAAAAGUAAGAAGCCCAUGGCUAACUCACAACAGACCGGAAGGGUGGUGAGAAGUGACAUGGGAGUCCCUUUUGAAAGCUCCUCCCCGUUGUUUGGCCAUGUGAUGAAGCUCUCACAGAGCUCAGGUUGGCAUGUUUUGAAUGAAGAUUUGGCCGUCAACGUGUGCCGUCAGGCUCGUUCGUACAGGACCCCAGAGCCACGCUGUUCAAGAACGACACAUGCGUUUCGUUCCACUUUUGCCCGCUUUGACAGCGAACAUAGUGUGAUUUGGCGACAGUUGGAAGACUCUGUCGACAUGCGAGAGCUCCAGAAUCCUCGAUCGAUGCUUGAGGAGCCUGUUGCUUUGCUCGUGACCGUGUUCAGCCGUUGCCCAACCCCUCAAAUGCCACAAGAGAAGGGGAUGAACUGUGAAAGUUGA